CAAUCCCAUUGACAUUCGAGACCAUGGCCAACACACCCCGUUCUCCUCGUACUUCUGCUAAAAAGCAGCGCCAACACCAGGCUUUACAGGAAUCCCCGGGGACUUCUGUGGAAACCGAAACGGAAAUGGAAACGUCCCCCGCCGAGGCAUCGGGACCGACUCCCAAGAUGGCAGCCGCGAGACGCCGCCGUCUGUUGAUCGGUCUGAUUGUCUUUCUGUUGUUAGUGCUGGUGGGUGUUGCUGUUGGGAUCAUUGUGUCCAGUAUGUCCUCGGGAUCGUCUAGUCAACGGGAAAACCAGGAUGGCCUGGGAAAUGACAAUUCGAAUUCCGGCGAACCACCAUCCAGUGCAACUCCCGAAGGAUCUACGCCAUCGAGUCCUACCGAUGGUUCUGGUAGUCUUACCACAGCUCCAGAGACUCCCAUUACCGAUGGAUCGGGCGUUCCUUCGGAAACAACCGGAUUUGUACCAAACUCCGCCCCUACCACGUCACCGGAGGCUUCGCUGACGUUCUCCACCGCUCCAUCGGGAGAAGCCUCGGCGACUCCAUCGCUCGCGGCAGUGGCGAUUCCACCCGGGAUUACCACCUUUCGGGUCAUUGGAGAUGUGCCCUACACUCCUCGACAGGCGCGGGAACUCGUAGUGCAGAUGAACGCGAUUCCCUUGGACACGGAGUUUAUUGUGCACGUUGGGGAUAUUCGCAACGGAGGGGACAAGUUGGUAUGCUAUCUUUCCGAAUACGAAAGUGUGGACGAAAUUUUGAGUCUCAGUCCGGUUCCACUGUUUCUCAUUAUGGGAGACAACGAAUGGAAUGACUGUCCCAAUGUGGACGAAGGAUUGACUAUGUGGAACAACCUUUUUACAGCCUACGAAAGCAAGUACUGGACGCACAACUUUAACAUUACGCGUCUCGCUGGCUGGGAGUCCACCACUUUUGCUUUUCUUAACAAGGGAACCCUGUUCAUUGGGCUUAAUCUGGUUGGUGGUCGGGUAGUUAAUCGUUCUGCGUGGGAUCGACGAUUGGCGGAUCAGGCCUCUUGGACCAUUGGUUUGAUUCGGGAACACAUGGUGCCAACCGUUAUUUUUGGACACGCGUUUCCCACGGAGAAUCAUGACCCCUUUUUUUACCCAAUGACGGAAUUUAUUCGAGACGAGCUACAGAACUCGUUGCCGAUUGUUUAUAUGAACGGGGACAAACACCAAUGGCUAUACGAACCGUCAUUUUACGGACAGACCAGCUGGACAAGAAUUAUGGUCACAGGUGGUUCGCGGGAACCGCCAUUGAAAAUGGUAGUGGACCCGAAUAACCUGGCGAACUUUCACACUUUUGAUCGUGAGCUUUAACGCGAUCCAAUAUUCUUUCAAACUACGUUCCGGUUAGGGGCCGAGAGGGAGCAACGCGGGUGCAAGACGGGAUUAUCAAGCAUCCAUCUAUCAUCAUAAGUGUACAGAAAAAUCAUUUCUAC